AUGGUCCGGCAAAAUCUGCAUGCACCCUCUGGAACGGUUCAGUUGCUGGUUCCCAAGGGUGAGGUAAAACUUUCGUCGGCUCUGAUCGAAUGGAUUGACACUCCGCACAGUUUGAUAUCAGUUGCUCAAUCUCUCGAUCUAUCCCCAUCCACCAGCAGGCACCUCAGGCAAGAGAUUUGCACUAGAGACAUCGCCCCCCGGUUAACCUAUGCUCCGGAACCACUGGUUAAAUCAAUUACUCACCACCCGGCUCUUAGCCUCACAUUCGACAAGCUGAGUAGCAUCGACUAUCACGAGCCAGAAGAUCAGUUUCGUUACGACUUCAAGCGAGCAGACUACGAGGGACUGUUACGAGAACUGCAUAAUGUCGACUGGGUAAAUAGUCUUAAUCCCACCAAUGUUGAUAUGGCGCGGAAAGAAGCGGGACUGCCGCCAGUGAUGGAAUUAGCUACCGAAAAAGCAGAUAAUCUGGCUGAUAUUUGCAGACUAUUUGCUGCAAAAUUCUCGAGUGUUUUUUGCGAUGAAUCUCUUAGCACUAGUCAGAUAUUCGCUGCCGCCAACAAAGUCGCCUUUUCUAGCAGCUCCAUCGCCUCGAUUAAUAUUGACGAUCGCGCCAUUUCUGCUGCUGUCACUAAGUUGAAGCAUUCAAACUCACCUGGCCCUGACGGGAUCCCCGCCACAUUACUAAAGAAAUGCAUUUCCGGACUGUUAACUCCUCUUACGCAUCUGUUUCGCCUAUCUAUAGCCUUAGGAAGUUUCCCCUCUGCUUGGAAACAGGCGUUUAUGUUUCCGGUUCAUAAGAAAGGCGAUCGAAGCAACAUAGCCAGCUACAGAGGAAUAUCUGCAUUGUGUGCUACAUCCAAACUGUUCGAGAUAGUGGACAUGGAACCAAUAUAUUCUCAUUGCCAGAACGUCAUCGCGGAGGAGCAACAUGGAUUCCUUCCCAAACGUUCCUGUGCGACGAACUUAAUCUGUUUUACGGGAUAUGUCAUCGAUGGCUUCGUUGAGCGAGCUCAAACCGACGCGAUCUACACCGAUUUAUCCGCUGCGUUUGACAAAAUUAAUCAUCGUAUCGCCAUUGCGAAACUGGAUCGGAAGAAUAAUCCUCUGCACUUCGAGUACAAUCUGACUGGUGUUCAAUUACAGCGUGUCGACCAUGUGAAAGAUCUCGGAAUUAUUCUCGAUACUAAGAUCACCUUUAAGCAACAUGUCUCAUUUAUCAUCGCGAAAGCCUCCAGGCAGUUGGGACUGAUUAUUCGAAUGACACGCGACUUCAGAAACAUCCACUGCCUGGUAUCUCUGUACAAUUCAUUGGUUCGGUCCUGUCUGGAAUACUGCUGUCCAGUCUGGGUUCCAUACUAUAACAACUCUAUUCACCGAAUCGAAAGCAUCCAGCGUCGAUUCACUCGCUUUGCGCUCCGAUUGCUUCCAUGGAGGCAGCCUUUACGGAAUACUCGAUACGAGGAUCGCUGUCAGCUUCUUCAUAUCGACACGCUUCAACUACGCCGAGAAACAGCACGCACCAUGGUAGUAUCCGAUACUCUAACAGGUUGA